UUCUCCCAUUAUUGUGAAUUAUUAUGAGAAAAAUACACGGGGCACCAAAUAAAGAGGUUUUGCAUGUGCAACCCCCACUGAUUAGUAGGAAAACCACACUACUACAACCGCAAACCAUUUCCCCUUUAAAAUGCCUCCCACCAUCUUCUCCCUCCCUCCUCCCCUCACUUCCAUUAGUUAGUAGAGUAGUAUUCAGGUUAAUUAGGAGGAAAGAGAGGAGAGGAGGAGAAAACGAUGACGAGGUCUCUAGAGCCGGCGACCGAGCACAAGGCCUCGUCAUCCUUCGGCAACCUCCUCUCCAUCUUCCUCCGGGCCAGCUCCUCCGAGCCCAAGCCGCCGAGGCGGAGCUUCGACGCCGAGGGCGUCGUCGGGCUCGGCAUCGUCGCUGCCAUGAGCCGUGCGUGCCUCACCGCCCAGCCGAUCGCAAUCGGCGCCGCGGCACGUCGCCGCGCGUGCGAGGUGGACGAGCUCUCCGAAAGCUACACCUGCGUCAUCACGCACGUACCCACCGGCGGCGGCAAGGGCGGCAGCGUGCGGAAGCGCGUCUACUUUGGGUUCGGCGACGGCGGGAACGGCUGGUUCGUGGAGGCCGGCGAGGAGGAGCCAGCGAGGGCGGACGACUUCUUGAGCCGGUGCUGCCUCUGCAACAAGAGGCUUGAUGGGCUCGACAUCUACAUGUAUAGGGGGGAGAAAGCCUUCUGCAGCUCCGAGUGCCGAUGCCACCAGAUGCUGAUGGACGACCACGCAGAAAAAUGUGGACCGGAAGCCCUCAGAGCCAACAGCUACUCAGCCUCGCCAUGCUCCGCGCCCAUGUCCUUCUCCCCCAGCGUCGCGGCGGCCUAGCCGACCGAGCUGCCUGAUGUCGUCAAGCUGCUCCUCGGUUUGUAGUAGCAGAGAACAUAGAGAUCUAAAAGAUCUUUUAAGCGAAUUAAAACAUAGAGUAAUUACUUAAAAAAGGUUUCUGAACUGUGGCUCAAAUAAAAGAGAGGAAGGGAAGUUUUGGGGUCAUGUCCGCCGCAAGAUGUUCAGUGCUGUGAGUGUGAUUGCAUUUCUCUGUACCGAGAAGCGGGGGUGAUUGUCACUCUGCAGAGGAAUUUGACGCUGUGCCCUGUUCUGAAGUUUCAGGAAGAGAAGCAGCUAAUUUGCUGCAUGUUGAAUGGGUUAA